UCUCCUGCAAGCUGCGUGGCUUCCCGACAACAAAACCUCAACUUUAAACAGUGUUUUCUUCUUUUUUAAUGCAUAUUUAAUCCCGAAACUCGCACCGCAGACACAUGGAUCAACCAUUCCCCGACACUUCAGGAAAUGAUGCAGUUUUAAACUCGGAAUGUGUCUAAAUUAACUUCAAACAACUCAACAACGGAACAAGUCAACAUACCCGGAUCAACCGUGCUCAGUGCGCCUAUCAAGGUCCAAGUCAAGAUGUCUGUCAGUAAUCAUGAAAACAGGAAGUCUCGCUCUAGUUCCGGCUCCAUGAAUAUCCACCUCUUCCACAAAACAUCCCACGCCGACAGCCUGUUGACUCAGCUCAACCUGCUGCGCAAACGAAAAGUCUUCACAGAUGUUAUCCUGAAAGCGGGGAACAAAUCCUUCCCCUGCCACCGGGCCGUCCUCGCCUCCUGCAGCCGAUACUUCGAGGCGAUGUUCAGCGGCGGGCUCAGAGAAAGUCGCGACGCCGAGGUCGACUUCCACGACUCCCUCCACCCAGAGGUGCUGGAGCUCCUGCUCGACUACGCCUACUCCGCUCGGAUCCUCAUCAACGAGGAAAACGCCGAGUCGCUCCUGGAGGCCGGCGACAUGCUUCAGUUUCACGACAUCCGGGACGCGGCGUCUGAGUUUCUGGAGAAGAACCUGGAUCAGUCGAACUGUUUUGGGAUGAUGCUGCUGUCGGACGCGCAUCAAUGCAUGAGACUUUACGAGCUGUCGUGGAGGAUGUGCCUGGCGAACUUUGCUACGCUUUUCAAAACAGAGGACUUUCUCAGCCUGCCCAGAGACAAAGUCCAGGAGCUGAUCUUGAGCGAGGAGCUGGAGGUGGAGGACGAGUGCCUGGUGUACGAGGCUGUAAUCGACUGGGUCAAAGCGGACAUGGAGCACCGGCACAGUGAACUCCCCGAACUGCUGCGAUGCGUCCGCUUGGCUUUGCUCCCCGAGACGUAUCUGCUGAAGAACGUGGCCUCGGAGGAGCUGGUGAUGUGCCACAAAGUGGGCCGGGAGAUCGUGGAAGAUGCUGUACGGUGCAAAAUGAGGAUCCUGCAGAACGAUGGCAUUGUGACGGGGUUCUGCGCCCGGCCGAGGAAGGUGAGCCAGGCCCUGCUGCUGCUGGGAGGACAGACGUUCAUGUGUGAUAAAGUCUACAUGAUCGACAACAAGACGAAGGAGAUCACGCCCAAAACAGACAUCCCCAGCCCCCGGAAGGAAUGUAGCGCCUGUGCUAUUGGAUGCAAGGUUUAUGUUACUGGAGGACGUGGCUCUGAGAACGGGGCCUCCAAAGACGUCUGGGUCUACGACACGUUACACGACGAGUGGUCCAAAGCCUCCCCGAUGCUUGUAGCCAGAUUCGGACACGGGUCGGCGGAGCUCGACCACAUGCUGUACGUGGUCGGAGGACACACUUCUCUCGCAGGGUCGUUCCCCGCAUCUCCAUCUGUGUCUCUGAAGCAGGUGGAGCAGUACGACCCUCAAACCAACAAAUGGACGCUGGUGGCUCCGCUCCGAGAAGGGGUGAGCAACGCUGCCGUCGUUGGUGCCAAAAACAAACUCUUUGCCUUUGGGGGAACCAGUGUAAACAGGGACAAAUACCCCAAGGUCCAGUGCUUCGACCCCUGCGAGAACCGAUGGACCGUGCCCGCUUCCUGCCCACAAUUGUGGCGCUACACUGCUGCAGCCGUGGUGGGAAAUCACGUGGUGGUGAUCGGAGGCGACACUGAGUUCUCCGCCAGUUCUGCUUACCGGUUCAACAGCGAGACGUUCCAGUGGACGAAGUUCGGAGACGUCACGGCCAAACGGAUCAGCUGCCAUGCGGUGGCGUCAGGAAACAGACUAUAUGUGGUCGGGGGGUACUUUGGGGCUCAGAGGUGUAAAACUCUAGACUGUUACGACCCCUCUUCAGACUCUUGGGACAGUGUGACCAGCGUGCCCUACUCCCUCAUUCCCACCGCCUUCGUCAGCACGUGGAAGUACCUUCCAGCAUAGAGACAAACUGACUCUGAAGUUUCUACAGA